AUGAAAAAGAUUAAUGAUAAUAAGAGUUCUGGCGGAAGAGUUGAAUUAGAAGUGAAUGAGAUAGAAGAGAAAUUAGAUAGUAAGGCAGAUAAAAACCAUGUUCAUUAUAUAAGUUCAGACGAACAGAUUAUAACAGACUACCAUGGAUAUUUAACACGAAGUGAUGAAGUGAAGACGGAAGACCCCAAUGAAAGAAGAUAUAAAUACAUUCGUGCUAAAGGUUAUGACAUAAGCUGUACUGUACAGUAUGACACGGGUAAAGCACCAGAAGCAUUUAGUUAUAACGAUGAAAUUUAUGCCUCUACUUUCUCUGUUAAAGGUGUAUUAGUUGAACCAAGAUUUACUUUGAGAGUUAAGUCAAAAAUAACGUUUGAAGAUGCUAUUAAAAGUAAAGCUGACAAAGUUGAACUCGAAGCAAUGAACAAAGUUUUGAAAUCUCAUAAACACAAUAUCUCCGAUAUAAAUUAA